UGGCGACAGCCGCAGUUACUCCCGACUCUUUUCUACAGCUGCAGUUCAGUGACAUCUUUCUGGAUUUCUGUUAAUGCGAGAAAAAAGCUGGAUGUCCGGGAUGGAAAACAAAUAAAGAGGAAAUAGCUGCAGGAUGAAAACAUGGCCGCACCCCUUCUUGCACCCCCAGGACCUGAUAGCUUCAAAAAGUUCACCCCAGAGUCACUUGCUAACAUCGAGAAGCGCAUCAAAGAGGAGAAGAACAAGAAGCCACCCAAGCCCAGAUCGGACAGUAGUCAUCGUGAUGCAGAUGACGAAAAUGAGCCCAAGCCCAACAGUGACCUGGAGGCUGGGAAGAGCCUGCCCUUCAUCUAUGGCGAUAUUCCUGAUGGAAUGGUGGCGACACCACUGGAGGACUUGGACCCAUUCUAUAUGAAUAAGAAAACGUUUAUAGUCCUAAACAAAGGGAAAACACUCUUCCGCUUCAGUGCCACGCCCUCCUUGUACAUCAUAAGCCCUUUUAGUCUAUUUAGGCGAAUAGCUAUAAAGAUUUUGAUACAUUCGUUAUUCAGCAUGAUCAUCAUGUGUACAAUUUUGACCAACUGUAUAUUCAUGACUUUUAGUGAUCCUCCAGAAUGGUCCAAACAAGUAGAGUAUACCUUCACAGGUAUCUAUACUUUUGAGUCACUCACAAAAAUUGUUGCCAGAGGCUUCUGUAUAGAUGGGUUCACCUUCCUCAGAGAUCCAUGGAACUGGCUGGAUUUCAUGGUCAUCUCGAUGGCAUAUAUAACAGAGUUUGUGGACCUUGGGAAUGUCUCGGCGCUGAGAACGUUCAGGGUUCUCCGAGCUUUGAAAACUAUUUCUGUCAUUCCAGGCCUGAAGACCAUUGUCGGUGCUCUGAUCCAGUCUGUGAAGAAGCUGUCAGACGUGAUGAUCCUGACCGUCUUCUGCCUCAGUGUCUUCGCUCUGAUCGGACUGCAGCUCUUCAUGGGCAACUUGCGGCAUAAGUGUGUUUUCUGGCCAAUCAACAUGACUGAACAGUAUCUGCCCAACGGCAGCAGGGGCUUUGACUGGAACGAGUACAUCAUGAAUGACACAAAUUUCUACUUUCUCCCUGGUCAGCUUGAUGCUCUGCUAUGUGGAAACAGCAGUGACUCGGGGCGGUGUCCGGAGGGCUUCACAUGUAUGAAAGCAGGAAGGAACCCCAACUAUGGUUACACCAGUUUUGACAGCUUUGGCUGGGCUUUCCUCACCCUCUUUCGCCUCAUGACCCAGGACUUCUGGGAGAAUCUCUACAUGCUGACUCUGCGAGCUGCGGGGAAGACCUACAUGAUCUUCUUUGUGCUGGUGAUCUUCGUGGGCUCCUUCUACCUGGUGAACCUCAUCUUGGCUGUGGUGGCCAUGGCUUAUGAAGAGCAGAACCAGGCCACCAUUGAGGAGGCGGAGCAGAAAGAGGCUGAGUUCAAGGCCAUGCUGGAGCAGCUCAAGAAACAGCAGGAGGAGACUCAGGCUGCUGCUAUGGCGACAUCUGCGGGCACGGUGUCGGAGGCUGCAUUAGAGGAAGAAGGAGGGGGGCACUUGUCCCGCAGCUCCUCUGAGGUCUCCAAGCUGAGCUCCAAGAGCGCCAAGGAGCGACGCAACCGCAAGAAGAAAUGGCGGCAGAAAGAACAGGAGAAAGAGAAAGGUGACAGUGAGAAGGUUGUCAAGUCUGAGUCAGACGAUGGCAGCAAGAGAAGCACCAUCCGUUUCCCAGGCAGCCGGCUGGGGAGGAAAACAUCCAUCAUGAAUCAGUCACUGCUCAGCAUCCCAGGCUCCCCCUUCAUGUCGCGCCACAACAGCCGCAGCAGCAUCUUCAGCUUCAAAGGCCGCUCCAAGGACGUGGGCUCCGAGAACGAGUUUGCCGACGACGAGCACAGCACGGUGGAGGAGAGCGAGGACCGCCGGGGCUCCCUGUUUAUCCCCUACCGCCGCAACAGCUACAGUGGCUACAGCCAAGGUUCAUCCCGCAUCCAUCCGCUGGCACCCCACUUUGGAGGGAAGAGGAACAGCACAGUGGACUGCAAUGGCGUGGUGUCUCUCAUCGGCCCCGGGCCUGGCGGACGGCUUCUGCCUGAGACCACAGAGGUGGAGGUCAAGAAGAAGCACUCGGGCUCUCUCAUGGUGUCAGUGGAUCAGCUCAACUCCUCCUUCAAAGGAAAGGACCGAGCCAACAGUCAGAUGAGCGUAGUCACCAACACACUGAUGGAGGAGUUGGAGGAGUCUCAGAGGAAAUGUCCACCCUGCUGGUACAAGUUUUCCAACAUGUUCCUGAUAUGGGAGUGCUGCCCCAUCUGGUUGAAGAUCAAGCACAUAGUCUACCUGAUUGUCAUGGACCCUUUUGUUGACCUUGCCAUCACCAUCUGUAUUGUCCUCAACACCCUCUUCAUGGCCAUGGAGCACUACCCCAUGACUCCACACUUUGAGGAGGUGCUGGCUGUGGGAAACCUGGUUUUCACCGGGAUCUUCGCUGGGGAGAUGUUCGCCAAACUCAUCGCCAUGGAUCCAUACUACUACUUCCAGGAGGGCUGGAACUGCUUUGACGGCUUCAUUGUGACUCUGAGUUUAGUUGAGCUGGGAUUGGCAGAUGUGGAAGGCCUGUCUGUGCUCAGGUCAUUCCGAUUGCUCCGAGUGUUCAAGCUGGCCAAAUCAUGGCCCACCCUCAACAUGCUGAUCAAGAUCAUUGGUAACUCAGUGGGAGCUCUGGGUAAUCUGACCCUGGUGCUGGCCAUCAUUGUCUUCAUCUUUGCUGUAGUGGGCAUGCAGCUGUUUGGUAAAAACUACAAGGACUGUGUGUGUAAGAUCAACAUAGAGUGUGAGCUGCCCCGCUGGCACAUGAAUGACUUCUUCCACUCCUUCCUGAUCGUGUUCCGUGUGUUGUGCGGGGAGUGGAUCGAGACCAUGUGGGACUGCAUGGAAGUGGCGGGGCAGACCAUGUGCCUCAUCGUCUUCAUGAUGGUCAUGGUCAUCGGAAACCUGGUGGUGCUGAACUUGUUCCUGGCCUUGUUGCUGAGCUCAUUCAGUGCAGAUAACCUUGCAGCUACAGACGACGACGGUGAGCCCAACAACCUCCAGCUCGCUGUUGCCCGCAUUAAGAAAGGCAUUGCCUGGUUCAAGUCCCACCUGCGGAUCUUUGUUGCCACAGUGCUCAAGAAGCCUAUAGAGGAUGAACAGAAGCCUCUGGAUGACAUGUAUGACGAAAAGCUCAAAUGCAUCGCCAACCACACGGGUGUAGACAUCAACCGCGACCUGGACUAUGCAAAAAAUGGCAAUGGCACCACAAGUGGCAUUGGGAGCAGCGUGGGAAAGUACAUGAUUGAUGAGGACUACAUGUCCUUCAUCCACAACCCCAACCUGACUGUCUGCGUGCCCAUUGCUGUUGGAGAGUCAGACUUUGAAAAUCUCAACACAGAGGACUUCAGCAGCGAAUCUGAUGCGGAUAACAGUAAAGAGCUGGAUGACACCAGUUCAUCUGAGGGCAGCACAAUAGACAUCAAGCCUGACGUGGAUGAGGUGGCAGUGGUGGAGGUAGUCGAGGAGUACCUAGACCCAGACGCCUGCUGGACAGAUGAAUGUGUGGCCAAAUAUAAGUGCUGUGAUGUGCCUAUCACUCAUGGCUGGGGGAAGCAUUGGUGGUUCCUGAGGAAGACCUGCUACCUGAUUGUUGAACAUAACUGGUUUGAAACCCUUAUCAUCUUCAUGAUCCUGCUCAGCAGUGGAGCUCUGGCUUUUGAGGAUGUGUACAUCGAGCAGAGGAAGACAGUCCGGGUCAUUCUUGAAUACGCUGACAGGGUUUUUACCUAUAUCUUCAUCCUGGAGAUGUUGCUGAAAUGGGUGGCCUAUGGUUUCGUCAAGUACUUUACUAACGCCUGGUGUUGGUUAGACUUCUUCAUUGUGGAUGUGUCUAUAGUCAGCCUUAUAGCUAAUGCGUUGGGCUACUCCGAUCUAGGCCCCAUUAAAUCACUCAGGACACUGAGGGCCUUGAGACCCCUCAGGGCCCUGUCGCGUUUUGAAGGGAUGAGGGUUGUGGUGAAUGCCUUGGUGGGCGCCAUCCCCUCCAUCAUGAAUGUGCUGCUGGUGUGUCUCAUCUUCUGGCUCAUCUUCAGUAUCAUGGGUGUCAACCUGUUUGCUGGGAAGUACUACUACUGCUUCAAUGAGACGUCCGAGGAAUACUUCCUGCCUGACGUGGUCAACAACAAAACAGAGUGUUUUGCAUUUAUAAAUGCAAACUACAGUGAGGUCAGAUGGAAGAAUGUCAAGAUCAAUUUUGACAAUGUUGGUGCAGGAUACCUGGCGCUCCUACAAGUGGCAACAUUCAAGGGCUGGAUGGACAUAAUGUAUGCAGCAAUAGAUUCUAGAAAGGUGGAGGACCAGCCCAUCUAUGAGGACAACAUAUACAUGUACAUCUACUUCGUCAUCUUCAUCAUCUUUGGCUCCUUCUUCACCCUAAACCUCUUCAUCGGUGUCAUUAUUGAUAACUUCAACCAGCAAAAGAAAAAGUUUGGAGGUCAAGAUAUCUUCAUGACAGAGGAGCAAAAGAAAUACUAUAAUGCCAUGAAGAAACUAGGGUCAAAGAAGCCACAGAAACCAAUACCCAGGCCAAUGAACAACAUCCAGGGCAUGGUGUUUGACUUUGUGACGCAGCAGGUCUUCGACAUUUCCAUCAUGAUCCUCAUCUGCCUCAACAUGGUCACCAUGAUGGUGGAGACAGAUGACCAGUCGGAGGACACAGAGAAUGUUCUGUACUGGGUCAACUUCAUCUUUAUUGUGGUCUUUACGACUGAGUUUGUGCUGAAACUCUUUGCCCUGCGUCACUACUACUUCACCAUAGGCUGGAACAUCUUUGACGUGGUUGUGGUCAUUCUUUCCAUUGUGGGAAUGUUUCUGGCGGACCUGAUUGAGAAGUACUUUGUGUCACCGACCCUCUUCAGGGUGAUUCGUCUGGCCCGUAUUGGCAGAAUCCUACGUCUCAUCAAAGGAGCAAAGGGCAUCAGGACUCUGCUGUUUGCCCUGAUGAUGUCACUCCCUGCCCUGUUCAACAUUGGCCUGUUACUCUUCCUGGUCAUGUUCAUUUUCUCCAUAUUUGGCAUGUCAAACUUUGGUUAUGUAAAGCAUGGGGCUGGAAUUGAUGACAUGUACAACUUUGAGACCUUUGGCAACAGCAUGAUCUGCCUGUUCAUGAUCACCACGUCAGCUGGCUGGGACGGCCUGUUGCUACCCAUCCUGAACUACCCUCCUGACUGUGACCCCUAUUUGGAGAAUGCUGGCACCCCAGCCACAGGAGACUGUGGCAAUCCUUCUGUGGGCAUCUUCUUCUUUGUCAUGUACAUCAUCAUUUCUUUCCUAAUUGUGGUCAACAUGUACAUCGCCAUCAUCCUGGAAAACUUUAGUGUUGCCACAGAGGAGAGUGCUGACCCACUCAGUGAGGAUGACUUUGAGACCUUUUAUGAGAUUUGGGAGAAGUUUGAUCCUGAUGCCUCUCAGUUCAUCACCUAUGCCAAGCUUUCUGACUUUGCUGAUGCACUAGAACACCCACUCCGUGUCCCCAAGCCCAACACUAUUGAGCUGAUCGCCAUGGACAUGCCAAUGGUGAGUGGCGACCGCAUCCACUGCCUGGACAUCCUCUUUGCCUUCACUAAGCGUGUGCUGGGCGACAGUGGCGAGUUGGACAUGCUGAGGCAACAAAUGGAGGAGCGUUUUGUGGCAGCCAAUCCCUCCAAGGUCUCCUAUGAGCCUAUUACCACCACUCUGAGGCGCAAGCAGGAGGAUGUGUCAGCCAAAAUUAUUCAGAGGGCCUACCGUGCCUACCUGGCAAGGCGGGGUUUUAUCUGCAAGCGCAAACCAUCCAAUAAUAAAGUCGAAAAUGGCGAGACCAAUCAGGAACAGGAAAAGAAGGAGGGCACUCCCUCCACUGCCUCCUUGCCCUCUUAUGACAGUGUAACCAAACCUGACAAGGAGAAACAGGAUGACAACAACGAGGGCAAGGGAGGAAGGAAAGAGAAGGGAAGAAACCAAAAAGACGUCAGGGAAUCUAAAUGUUAGAGUGUUGGAAUACUAAUCACAGUAAUAACAAUAAUACUUAUAAUAAUGUAACUUCAAGCAAAGCGAGAGGAAACCAUCUAACCCACACAGAUGUACAGAUUAUUUCAUUUGCAAGUAAGAAAAAUAAUAAUAUUCAAUAAUUUUGUUUACAGACUUCAUUCUUGUAUUGAUGCAGAGGGAAGCAGCUUGGUCUGUUACAGCUUGGAGACACUUGAACUUACGUAAAAACCAAACAUAAUCAGCGUACUGUGUGACAUUGUUGUAUCUAGACUACUGAUCUUAACAAAAGGGAAUGAGUAACAGACAAAACACAAAGGAAAUGUCCAUGUCUGCUAAAAGGCAGAUCACUCACUUAUCACUGGUCUACGGAUAAGACAAGUAACUCUACACUUAGAGGCAUGAAUGAGAAACACUACAGGAAUCCAAUGUGUGGAUGCAAGUUAUGGAUUCCAAUGGAAAACAGUGUUGGGAGGGGAAAACAAGGAUGCUGCUCGCUGUCGAAGAAUCGUCUUCUUACAGCAGUCAAGUGAGUGGUCCUGUGUCAUUUAGUGUUGAAAUGUAUAGAGGAAUAAAAUGACACUCACUCUGUAUAAACAAACAGAAGAACGACUGGUGAGUGAAAGACAAAAAUGACCCAGAGCAUUGGAAGGGUUUUUUGUUUUUGUUUUGGUUUGUUAAUGCUGAAUAUUGUUAAUUUGAGCAGCAAAAAAUGCAAACAGAUUUUAAAAAAAAUUAACAUUUUGCCCAUGUCACUUAAGUCUUCUACUCAUUUAUCUUUGUUAUACCCACAUCAAAAUGCUUUUUCUACAUGGGCUUUCACACCAAUUGGUUAAGGGUCUGUUUAUUAUGGGGUCAACUUGGGCCAAGGGCUUACAUUUACUCAGAAAGAUUUCCAAACAAAUACAUAAAUAACUGUGCUUGUUCAAUGCAUAGAAAUGACUUGCAUGAUGGCAUGUUUUGAUCAGAAAUCUUGCAUGAAUAAUCAUAGUCCACAAGACACUAAUACUCAGACCACAACAGUGGCUUGACUGUAAGAUCGAGACACUGACAAAAUUUGAAAGUUAAAGAGUUAUAAAUAAUUUGUUUAACAAAGAGAAGUGAUAUGGGGUUGAUUAUCUAAAAUGGGUCCUAAUUUUUCUCUCAUUAAUCAACACUUUCAAAUGAAAGAAUUGUUGCCUCUAUAGAGAGGAGAGUGGAAACUGUUGGUAUGCUGAAGAGCACCAACAUGGUGGAUCAGUGGGAGAAAUCCAAAUAAUUUUUUGCUGCUCUGGAGAUUGUGAGUGUGGAAGAUAAGGGAAUGGAUGUCUGUGUGUAUCAUGGGACUAAACUGUUGAUUGAUUUCAAGAGUGGAAAACACUGUAAAACUAAAAAGAACUUAGAUUUAUAAUUUAUAUGCACCUAUGUAAUGUCCCAUACCAUCUGCCUUUAGUUUUGUGUGAGAGGGCAUUUUGAGAGUCAUAAGUGGUAAAGUGGGGAUUUCACAGGUAUGGCAAGCUCCUUUCCAUUUCUGAUGUUUCUCUAUGGGUGGUUACACUUUUCUGAAAGGGUUGUUAAAGGGAUUUUGGUGAGUUUAACAAAUAUUGUUCAACUUGAAGUUCAUUUGAUUUAUUUAUAUGUGGAUUUUUUUUUCUCCUCCCUGGCAUUUACAAAUGUGAUUCUCAUGUUUUGGUGACUGAUGAGUCUCAUUUUACACAGUUUUAUAUGCCACAUUUAGGAUGAUGUUGAGGGAGCUGAUCAUGUGCUGGAACAUGUUUGUUAUGGUUGUAAGUGAUCUGUUAAGAGAGAGAAACAGAACUUUGUGAAUGGAUGAUGAAAACAUUGUGUGGAGAAGCCAAAGAGACCUGCCUUGUUACCCCUUGUUGCCCUUUUGUCUAUGGAGUGGGAUUGGGUGAAGUAUGCCCUGCCCAUUCUGUUUUUUCGCUGUCAUUGUUAGAAGGAGAGACCCUAGAAAUGUAUGCAAUGCUUGAAGAAUUCACCCCUUUUUCUCAGGAGAUAUUAUAGAUGUACUAUUAUGAGCUCUGCAACUAAAUGCAAGUGAAUGUGAUGGGAGUAUUUAUGAAACCAUGUUUUACUUUUUUGUGUUAUAUGCCACGCUGAUGGACAAUGAUCUCGGCUGGUUGCCUCAUCGAGGUAGCCGCCUGGUCAGGGGCCAGUUUAGAGCUUCCUGCUUAUGACGCUUAGAAAUAUAGGGCUAGAAGCACCUCAGUGCAACGGCAACAUUUCGCUCGCUUGUAAGGGCGGCGUUUGUAUUGGUAGUGGAUUACAUUUGUGGUUACAUCACUAUGGACUGUAGUCUGGUCUCAAUAAAUUUCAAUAAACACAAUAAUAUUGCUCACCCCAAUAGCAAUCACAGAUAUAGGAAAACACUGUGAGGAGAUGUCAUGAGAGUGAAUUGGGAUUAUGUUGGUUUGAGCAGCACACUUAAUUCUUUCUGAGGCAAAAGUGGUAUGCUCAGUGGAUAGGCCCCAGAUUUCAGUAUUUAAUAACAUGUGCUCUGAAGCCUCUCAUUUGCCAUUUUUCUUCAUACUGCUAUAACUGCAUAACAAAUACCAAAUAACCAACAGAGCACUGGAUGCAUUGUUAUGGUACUGUGAGCCUAAGCACCACACCAGAGCUUUUGCACUUCCUGUUGUGCAGUGAUGUCACUUCCUGUUUAUGAAUAAAUCCCUCAUCCCUUCUCAAGUUCUAUGGUCCAGUUGCUGCAUGAGAUCUCCAAAAUCAGUGUGGGUGUUAACUUGAACCAAAUAAAACUAUGAAUGAUAAGCAUAAAAGCUACUGCCGUCCAUUUUCUCCAAGACCACCAUGGAUAUACAGAAAUGUAUUACAGAAAAUUUAAAAAAAAAAAAAAAAAAAAAAAAAAAUAGACACACAUACAUCCAUUUGGGAAAAAAAAGAAAAAAAUUGUACAGUUCAGGCUAUGUUGUAUACGGCACAAACUGCAAAAGUUAAGAAUGGACUUUUUAAGAAACUAUAAAUAAUGUAAUAUAUCGUUUUAUUUUAACGGCAUGUGUAGUUUUUUGUAAAUACAGAAUUACUUAAAAAAAAAAACUACAGCUAUUAAUCUAAUACUAAAUAUUAAUAACCAUAAAUAGAAUGGCUUCCAGCUGACACCCCUUGUCACACUUGUUAGGCUGUGACACAUUUGUUAGAUGGAGUAGGUUUUUUUGAGUCACUUUUCACAUAAAAGAGGGGAGUAAGCUAAAAGAAACUAUAUUAAAGAGCAAAACUUAUAUUUAAAUCUCUAUAUAAAUCAAAACAUAUACAGAGCUACAUUACAUAUAUAUUAUAUAUAUAUAUUCUAACAUACAUAUAUAUAUAGUAUAUAUAAAUUAGAACAAUGUCCGUAACUCAACUCUCCUGUCCACUCCUUGUAUUGAGGUGAAACCAGUACCACAGAGUGUAAUUGAUCAUGUUUGUUUCUUUGUGCAAUAUGUUCAGAGAAUGACCAAACCUCUGGCCUGACCAGGACUUCAUGCUGGGUACCAGCGUACAAUGCAUGGUGUUGUACUGGCUGCUUGCUGAGAAUUGUGUAGCCUGCCUUGGUGAGAGGAUUGCACUACCAGCACACCCUUUUGUACAUGUGUGACGAUGUCUUGCCCAUAAUUUCCUAAACUUAACCCACACACACACACACACACACACACACACUCACACGCACACUCAGACACACAUGUGCAGACACACACACACACACACACACACACACAUAGCCUUUGGCAGGCCACUGCUGGCCGAUCAGUGUGCCCCGGUAUGAGCCACAGCUCACCUUGUGUGACAGAUUUUUGCUCGUUUCAACUCUAACCCUGUGUCAUGUUCCCCCUUAACACACCACUGCAGUUUGGAGUUGAUCCUUGAUUUUGCUGUCAUUUUCAAUAUGAUAUAUCUAAUGAUUUAAGGGUUAGUUGUCUUAACUGUCUGUGUGUUUGUUUCUGGUGCAAUAUCUCUUAACGGCACGUGCCUUUUUAGCUUCCUAUUUAGUCUGUCAAUAAAAUCAGUAAUGAGGAUAUCUCAAAACCCAUGGGAGUGAAUCAAAACGGAGCACGACAGAAACCAUACUGCUGAGUUAAACAUUCAAAAUUAACUAAUAAACAGAAAACUCACCUCCUAGACUAGACUGACUGAACUAACAUCUUGUAGAGUCAUGUAGUACAAGUGCUCUCUCUGUGUGUUCUGUUUACUGGUUGUUUGGCUAGUAAAAGAACAGCUUGCCUUCUGUUUUACACUUAUGUUCAUUUCCAAUGUUGAUUUACCUAUUGGUUUAUGUAGCCUUUCUUUUGUAGCAUGACUGAGAGAAAUUUCUUUUCUUUCCUGAAAAAUAGGCUCAUUGCAAAAAGCCUUUUGACUGUCGUUAUCUCUUGCCACUAAUACAGUCAGAGAGAGGACGUGUGUUGCACAACCACAUGGGACAUUAAAUGAGAAUCAGUGAAAGAUUGUCUUCAUUUGAGCACGAAUCUAUUUCCAAACAAUAAAGCAGCCUUCCAGUUA